AACACGAAUAAAAGAGAACGGAAGAAUGAUGAAUGUAAACAAAUAGACAUUCUUUCGAAAUUGAGCAUUUCUGAAAAUCAACUCCCUAUGCUCAAACACAACACCACAUCAAAAACCUCGGUGAUCUAUUUCUCAACAUCACAAACUCUGAGUUCACCUUCAACUCCUGAGCUCAAAAAUGGCGGACUCGUCAGGUAUGACGCUGAUGGAUCUGAUGACGUCGGACCCUAAGGCAGCCCCACCUCAAUCAUCUUCAUCUUCAACUUCAUCAUCGUCUUCAGCGGCAUCAGCGCCUCCACAAAUGGCGGGCAUGCCACCGCCUUCAUCGCUUGGGAAACCGGUUACUGAUCGGAAAACCAAGAGGACUACGCUUAUGCAGAUUCAGAAUGAUACAAUUUCUGCUGCUAAAGCUGUCCGUGCUAAUAUCUUGCCUCAAAAGCAGAAGAAAAGGCCGGUUUCAUAUGCACAACUUGCAAGGAGUAUACAUGAACUAGCAGCUACUUCUGAUCAAAAAAAUUCCCAAAGGCAGUUGGUGAAUCAUGUAUUUCCAAAGCUUGCUGUAUAUAACUCCGUUGAUCCGUCAUUGGCUCCAUCCCUUCUCAUGCUUGAUCAGCAGUGUGAAGAUAGAAGUGUUCUGCGAUAUGUCUAUUAUUACUUGGCAAGAAUUUUAUCAGAUACUGGUUCCCAAGGUCUAGGUACUGGUGGUGGCAUCCCGACUCCUAACUGGGAUGCUUUGGCCGACAUUGAUGCUGUUGGUGGGGUUACUCGAGCAGAUGUUAUUCCGAGAAUCAUCCAGCAACUUACUACCGAGUCUUUAAAUGAAGAUGUUGAAUUUCAUGCACGGAGACUACAAGCAUUGAAGGCUCUUACAUAUGCUCCAUCAAGCAACUCUGAAAUUCUAAUGAAAGUAUAUGAAAUUGUUUUUGGAAUUCUUGAUAAGGUUGCCGAUGGACCGAACAAACCGAAGAAAGGGAUUUUUGGAACUAAAGGUGGUGAUAAGGAGUUUGUCAUCCGGAGUAAUUUGCAAUAUGCUGCCUUGAGCGCUUUGAGAAGACUUCCUUUAGACCCAGGAAAUCCAGUGUUCCUUCAUCGUGCUGCACAGGGGAUUUCAUUUGCUGAUCCUGUUGCUGUUAGGCACUCAUUGGAGAUAAUCUCUGAGCUAGCAGCCAAAGACCCUUAUGCUGUCGCUAUGACGUUAGGAAAGCAAAUUUCCCCUGGAGGUGCGCUGCAUGAUGUUCUCCAUUUGCAUGAUGUUCUUGCAAGAGUUUCUCUUGCAAAAUUGUGCCAUACAAUAUCAAGAGCACGAGCACUAGAUGAAAGGCCUGAUAUCAAAACUCAAUUUAAUUCAUUGCUCUAUCAACUCCUCCUUGAUCCAAGUGAACGAGUUUGCUUUGAGGCAAUCCUGUGUGUAUUAGGAAAAUUUGACAACUCCGAAAGAACUGAAGAACGAGCUGCUGGAUGGUAUCGUUUAACUCGAGAGAUCUUGAAGCUGCCCGAUGCACCAUCUGUAUUGUCAAAGGAUGCUAAGAAAGAUGCCAAGGAUGAAGCUAAGGAUGUGCUCCCUCCAAAGUCCAAGGACAAAUCAAAGAAAACAAGGCGCCCUCAGCCCCUUAUUAAACUUGUCAUGAGAAGGUUGGAGAGUGCUUUUCGUAGUUUCUCUAGGCCUGUACUGCACGCAGCUGCAAGGGUUGUACAAGAAAUGGGAAAAAGUCGAGCUGCAGCUAUUUCUGUGGGUUUACAGGAUAUUGAUGAACGUGACUAUGUUAAUACAUUUUCUGAUUCAGUGGAUGAUUCUGAUGUUAAUGAAAGCUCACAUCCAGAAGGUAUUAGAAGAACAACUUCUGGUUCAAAUGGAACUGGUGCGAGGGAUACAAUAGCAAGCUUAUUAGCUUCAUUAAUGGAAAUAGUGCGGACAACAGUAGCUUGUGAAUGUGUUUAUGUUCGUGCUAUGGUAAUCAAAGCAUUGAUCUGGAUGCAGAGUCCUCAUGAAUCAUUUGAUGAACUAAAAUCCAUUAUUGCAUCAGAGUUGUCAGAUCCUGCAUGGCCAGCGGCGCUGUUGAAUGAUGUUUUGCUCACUCUCCAUGCUCGGUUCAAGGCAACUCCAGAUAUGGCUGUGACUCUACUGGAAAUUGCUCGGAUUUUCGCAACUAAGGUGCCUGGAAAGAUUGAUGCUGAUGUGCUACAACUCCUAUGGAAAACUUGCCUUGUUGGGGCUGGUCCGGAUGGCAAACACACCGCUUUGGAAGCAGUUACCAUUGUUCUCGAUUUACCUCCUCCACAGCCAGGUUCAAUGGCUGGGAUUACUUCUGUGGACAGAGUAUCAGCUUCUGAUCCAAAGUCAGCUUUAGCUUUACAAAGACUAGUCCAAGCAGCGGUAUGGUUUCUUGGCGAAAAUGCAAACUAUGCUGCAUCUGAAUACGCUUGGGAAUCAGCAACACCCCCAGGCACCGCAUUAAUGAUGUUGGAUGCUGAUAAAAUGGUGGCCGCAGCCAGUUCUCGUAACCCCACUCUAGCUACGGCUUUAACUCGACUUCAGAGGUGUGCCUUUAAUGGCAGUUGGGAGAUCCGUAUAGUUGCUGUGCAAGCUUUGACAACAAUGGCUAUCAGAUCCGGCGAGCCCUACAGAAUACAGAUCUAUGAGUUCUUAAAUGCUUUAGCUCAGGGUGGAGUACAGGCUAAGUUUUCUGAUCUGCAUGUUAGUAAUGGUGAAGAUCAAGGGGCAAGUGGCACAGGACUUGGAUCUCUUUUGAGUCCAAUGAUACAAGUUCUUGAUGAAAUGUAUAAAGCACAAGAUGAGCUUAUUAGGGACAUAAGGACCCAUGACAAUGCAAGUAAGGAGUGGACUGAUGAAGAACUCAAGAAAUUAUAUGAGACUCAUGAAAGACUUCUGGAUUUUGUUUCACUAUUUUGUUAUGUUCCUAGAGCAAAGUAUCUUCCUCUGGGACCGACAAGUGCUAAGCUUAUUGAGAUCUACCGCAACAAGCAUAAUAUAAGUGUAUCGACUGGUUUAGGUGGUUUCAGUAGCUUAAGUGAUCCUGCCGUUGCGACUGGGAUAUCUGACCUUAUGUACGAAACAAAGACUACACCUGCUGAAUCUGAUGGGCUUGACGAUGACCUUGUCAACGUGUGGGCGGCGAACCUUGGUGAUGAUGGUUUGCUGGGAAAGAAUGCACCUGCAAUGAAUAGAGUUAACGAGUUCCUUGCUGGCAUGGGAACUGAUGCCCCAGAUGUUGAAGAGGAAAACGUCAUCGCUAGACCGUCAGUUGGUUAUGAUGACAUGUGGGCAAAGACACUUUUGGAGACCACAGAAUUAGAGGAAGAUGAUGUGAGGUCAUCUGGAUCUUCUUCUCCAGAUUCAGCAGGAUCAGUUGGAACUUCCAUAUCAUCACACUUUGGAGGGAUGAAUUAUCCUUCCCUUUUCAGCUCAAAACCAUCCUAUGGAGGUUCACAAUCAUCAGAGAAGGCAACUAACAAGUAUUCCAUGGGGGGUAGUUCAUCCCUGUAUGAGGGUUAUGGUUCUCCGAUCAGAGAAGAACCCCCGCCCUAUGAUUCACAUGCCUUCGAGAGAGAAGAUUCAUUUGUUAAUCCUUUAGCCGGCCCUACAUCUCGUGCUUCUGGGUCCCAGGAUGAAGAACGAACUUCUUCCGGAAUUCCUCGGCCUGGAACAGCACUAUAUGACUUUACUGCUGGUGGAGAUGACGAGUUAAAUUUGACAGCAGGCGAACAGGUUGAAAUCGAGGAUGAAGUGGAUGGCUGGUUUUUUGUAAGGAAAAAGCGUCCCGGCAGAGAUGGCAAGACGGCUGGGCUAGUGCCUGUACUUUAUGUAAAUCAGUCUUGAUCGUGCCUCUACUUCUGUAAAUCAGUUUUUGCAUCGCAUGGUGGCUUUAGAAACCACUUACCGCGCACCUUGUGGUUUUUGAAAUGUCUAGUAACUGAAUCUGCGGCUCAUAUACCACACUAGAGAAAAAAAAGUUUGUCAUUUACGGUUCAUGAUCAUUGACGCCGAUGGAUAAAUCACAUUGAUUGAAACUCGUAAGUUCUAUACUAGGUUGUAUUCAUGGAUUUGUUUAGUGAAGCUGAGUGUGUGUUAUCUGUAUAUCUCCUGCUUAACUCUAGAAGCUACAUUUUUUUUCUUUUCUUGUGGUGUUUGUAGUCAGGUUUGCCUUUUGAAACUCGUUCUGUGAUCGAGUGCCUGAUCAAAAUGAACUGACAUUGUUGGCAUAACAAAUUAGUAUUUAGGUUGUGCGUGGACUGGUCCAAUUACAGUGUGAUAUAGACAUAUAGUGCUGAUAUUUCGAGACGGCAGUAUGUAAACCCAUUCUUUGUAGCAUUUGAUGUGGUACUGACAUCCCACUGAGUCAGUAUGUAAUAACCAUUUUUGGUAGCGUGUAUGUUGUUUCUUCUAAUCACCUUAAACUUUUUCUUACUUGAUCUUGGUAUAUAAUUCUAUUCAUGAA